AUGGAUAUCGAUGACGAUGUGCGUGAGUUUCCAAUCCAUAGCGAUAUUCCAAGUGUAUAUGAAGCAUUUGGUAUUCAUAACUUGGAGCAUUAUCCAUGUUCUACAUUGGAUUUGGGGAAGAAGGAAACAGCUGUAAACGUGAUGAGACUGAAACUAAUGUCAAAUGUGGGGAAAGUAGGACUUCCAAUAAAAGGGAGACCAUUUUACCUCAGAGACAACAAACAAUUUUCUAUUGUUUUGUUACAACCCACUGGUGAGAAGUUGUCAGAAUUCUUGAAGCACAAAAACAACUACUUAAGGCUUUUCGAUUUUCCUACUAUUGGAGAGGCAAAUACCACUGGAUAUAGAUUGUCUACUUUUUUCAAGAAAUUAAUAUGGAAUGUAUGUAGGUUCAUCUUGAAAGUGGAUGAAUGUAAGUUACACUGCAAGCUUGAUUUGGAAAAUGUUUAUGUAUUUGAGACAAAUGGUGGCAGCGCCAUUCUUCAGUGGGGAAAUGUGGCAGACUUUGUAGAGCUCAUUGCUGACCAUUAUAACCAAGAGACACAAAGCUUGGUCUAUGACAGCGUGCAAGAUCGUGAAUUCAUGCAUAUUUUAGAUGUUCUUCGAUCUCAUCCCAACCGAGGGGUUAUUGUAGAUAAGCUAUUAAAUUCAUCCUUCUUUUGGGAUGAUACGGAGAAAAUAAUAUUUUUCAAGAAUAUGAGAGAUUAUUAUGCUUAUCGUAAAACGGAAUUGCUAAAGGGGUCAAAGAGUACGUUAAUGAAGUUUAAGAACUGGAAUUGGGUGAAGCAGCUUGAUUCUGUGGCUGAAUUGGCAACGUGGAAGACAAUAUGUGAUGGUAACAGUGAAGGGAAAAAAAAAACAGUGAAGAAAAAAACCUCCUGCGGAGCACCUUAUCCUCGAGGUCAAACAGUUCUAAUGAAAGAUUGUGUAGCUGUGUCAUAUUUGUGGGCAAUUCGUUUGCCCAUUUUCAUGGAGAUAAAGAGACUCAGGCACGAAUGCAGGCACAAAGUCGGGCACAGAGUUAUGCUGCAUUUCCUCGCUCUGACAUCGAUCUACUCAACGCAUACCAAUAUGCCAUGCCAGAGCUCUUUGCGGCCAUCGAUGAUCUCCUCUGGAAAAUACAGCUGAUAAGGUGAAGAUAUGCUUUAGGGAAGAGAUUAAUGUCCACAAAUUUUUCACUGGAUAUUCAAAUGGUCUAUUUUGACUUGAAAGAUCGGGCUCAAAUACUGAAAUUGAAAGAUUGGCCUCCUUCUGACCUAUUUGAGGAAGUCUUUCUUCGUCAUGAUGCUGAGUUCAAAUGCUGCUUACCUUUCAAGUAGUAUACAUAUCCUAAAAGAGGUGUUUUAAAUCUUGCGAUUACAUUACCUAAGAAUCCUUUGAAGCCUGACAUGGGGCCAAAGACGUAUAUUGCUUAUGGAGUUGCUCAAGAGCUUGGGCGUGCAGAUUCUCUGACUAAGUUUCACUGUGACGUGUCUGAUGCGGUAUGCUAGCCUUAUGUUCCAAUUGCAACUUGUCAGUUUGACUGUGGGCCUCCCGUGGUUUUGUAAUUUGUGUGAAAUGAAUUUGAUGAUAGUUAGUGGAUUGACAAUGUAUUCAUUUCUUGUAUUUCAUGCAUCCAUGCUUACGCCACCCACACACCCCUUUCUUACAUGAUCUCAGCCUCAGCACCAGUGUGAAAAUAGCUCACUUGUUGUACAGUGGUUGUUGGUUUAACUAGAAUAUUCUUGGAUCACAGUACUGAUUACCUGUGUAUGUUUUCAGUGCUGCAAUCUAGCCUCUUUGAAUGUUCAGAUGAUAAUACUGUUGUAAUUUA